AUGAUGUUGAAAACUACAAUUGCUGCUUUCUUAGCUUUUGCUGCUGCUGCUGCUACCGCGGCCAUCAUCCAUGAGGCCGAAUGUACCCCAUGCGAAGGAACUACUGGAACUUGUGUGGUCAAGUCCAAGGUUAAUUUCUUCGCUGGCCAGACAGGCUAUUUCGAGUUUGAAGGUUGCGACGGAGUCAAUCCAACCUUGUUACUCACAGUUGGACGCACCUACAAGUUCGACCAGUCGGAUGACACCAAUUGGUACCAUCUCUUAGGAUUCGCCUACGAAGCCGAUGGUGCUCACGUUCCAGUCGAUGAGUUGGAGCCUGGUAUCAGCCGCGGUGGAAACACUUGCGACAUUGACGCGUCUUGCCCCGCUCCAAUGUACUUCCGAAAUGGUGAGUACGCCGGAAGCUACUCCAACAUUCCUGAGAUCAAGAACGUCACUUCCAACGAUGAAGACUUUGGCUUGGAUGCUGUGGAACCUCUUUUCUUCCACCCUUUCAGAGACUGGCAAUCCUAUGGUGCCAUGGAGACCUAUCUCAACUAUGACUUCCCGUUGGCCCAAGACUUCUUUUAUUUCUGCCAUAUCCACAGCGGUAUGAGUGGACGGAUCAAGCUAAUUGAUGCUGAUGGAAACAAGUUAAGUGCAGAAAACACUCCAGAACUUCCAUACGAGUACAACAAGGUUGCGGAAUUUGAUGAAGUGUGCGGUACAUACAACCUCACUGACUUCCAGCCAUCCAAGGACAACAACAUGUGCCCACCGAUGUUCAUCUGCACCUCGGACGGUGCAGAAAUGUCUCAGUAUGCCAAGUGCGUUGAAGCCAUGAACUGUCACAUGAUGUCUUCCAUGACCACCAAUGCUGGUGGAGGAGUCCUGGAACUCUUCAACCACCAGAUGAUCCCUCAUCACGAGAACGCUAUCAAUAUGGCCAAGUCAUUCCUCAAGCUUCAUGCCGAGAACGCUGUCUGCAACGAAGUGGAGGAAGGAGCUGAAGUAUCGUGGGAGUGUGAGCUGAUCCCCAUCUUCCUGGACAUUAUCAACGGCCAAAACAGUCAAAUUAUUGACAUGAAGGAUGCUUUGGAGCAACUGGGAAGCACUGAAUACGCUAACUGCGAAGUCGAUUUUAGUGGGGUUGUGGUAUCCCGCAACCGAAGACUGCAUGAAGAACCAGCUCCAGGAGCUUCCGAAUCUGUCUUCGAGUCCGGCGUUGACUGCCAACCUUGCGCAGACACCUUUGGUGAAUGUGAAGUCAAAGUAAAGGUCGACCUGAUGGCUGGAGAGCUCGGAUACUUUACUGUGGAUGGAUGUUCCGGAGUCAACCCAACUUUGCACUUAUCCAUAAACCGUACCUACAAGUUUGAUCAAAGUGACAAGUCCAACUGGUACCACUUGAUUGGAUUCUCUUACUUUGCUGACGGAGCCCACAUUGGUGUUGAUGAACUUGAGCCUGGCGUUGCACCAGGUGACUCUUCUUGUGCUGAAACCAUGUCAUGCCCUGCCCCCAUGUACACCAUGGAUGGUGUGUACCAAGGAUCCUACAGUAACAUUCCAGAUAUUCUCAAUAUCAGUACAGGAGAGAAUGACUUCGGAUUGGAUAAAGUCGAGCCUCGCUUUUUUCAUCCUCUCGGUGAUUGGGAAGAGUACGGGCCGUUCGUCACAUUCUUGAAUUUCGACAGCAAUUACGACCAAGAUAUCUUCUACUUCUGUCACGUCCACUCUGAAAUGACUGGUCGCAUCAAGCUUCUCGAUGCCAACGGCAACAUGUUAAGCAAAGAAAAUAAGCCUGAGAUCCCAUACGAAUACAAUGUCAUUGGAAACUAUGAUCAAACGUGCGGGACUUUUGAUUUGGAAAGAUUCUGA